AUGAAUACGGUAUAUGUGGGAAACCUGGAUCCUAAAGUAAACCGAGCCUUGCUCUAUGAACUCUUUGUACAAGUGGGUCCUAUUUCGUAUAUUAAGUUUCCAAAGGAAAAGACAAAUGAUGAUGAUUCAUCAGAACACAUGAACAUGAAAUAUGCAUUCAUCAAGUUUGUUAAUGACGAUGUUGACUAUGCAUGCAAAAUUUAUGACAGUAAGGUGAGCCUAUAUGGGAAACCCCUCAAGGUACGAAGAUCGAACAAACAAACAGAAGUAUCCGAUUUCGACGUUGGUGCGAAACUUUUUGUCAAGAACUUGGACGAAUCUAUCAGUCUGUCACAGUUGAUAAACAUAUUUAAUAAAUUCGGCAAACUACUUAAGAAACCUGAGAUAUUCUAUCUACAAAGUGGUACAUUACGGUGCGCAUAUGUAUGGUUCACUACUUUUAAAAAUUCUGAUGAAGCAUUGCAUCAGUUGAAUGGAACAACUCUAGCAAAUAGAGAGAUAUACGUGGAUUACGCAUACAAAGAUGAUAAACAGAGAACUGCAAAACAUGGCGAUGACGUUGAACGUUUAUUGGACGCAGAAAGGUCGAAAAACUUUACCUUACUAAACCAAAAGGAUCUAUGA